CACACCAAAACACCCAAAACACACCAAAAACACACCAAAACAUACCCACAGGACACUAACACCACACCCAACACCACCAUAACCUUCUUUACACCACCACCACCACCACCACUACCUUCCCCUGCCUCUUCUGUGCCACCAAUAAGAGUGUGAGUGCCUCUAUUUCUAUAACACAGUGCCUCAGUGCCAAAAAAACUCGUCGAUCUGUACAUAAAGGUGUCCCAGGUGUCACUGCCUACUUGGGGUGUCUCGGAGGACCUUUCCCACUGUCUGGAGCCAAGAUAAGGUCAGGGAGUGAAGAGAGAAAGCUUAAAAAGGUCAGAAGUUGUUGUUUGAGUUGAAUUUUUAAGGUCAUAAGUUCAGAAAAGGUCAUAAUAACAUUUUUCUCACUGUCUGGAGCCAAAAUAAGGUCAGGAAGUGAGGAGAGAAAGCUUUAAAGGUCAGAGGAAGUUGUUUGAGUUGAAUUUUUAAGGUCAUAAGCUCAGAAAAGAUCAUAAUAAUAUCUUUCUCACUGUUCUGAGCCAAGGUAAGGUCAGAGAGUGAGGUGAGAAAGCUUUUAAAGGUCAGAAAAGCUGUUUGUGUGAGCUUUUAAAGUCAUAAGUUCAGAAAAGCUCAAAUUAGUAUCUUUCUCACUGUCUAGAGCCAAGAUAAGGCCAGGAAGUGAAGAGAGGAAACUUAAAAGGUCAGAAAACUUGUGCGUGUUGAAUUUUUAAAGUCAUAAGUUCAGAAAAGGUCAAAUUAGUAUCUUUCUCACUGUCUGGAGCCAAGAUAAGGUCAGGGAGUGAAGAGAGAAAGCUUCAAGGUCAGAAAAACUUGUAUGUCUUCAUUUUUUAAGGUCAUAAGAUCAGAAAAGGUCAAAGAAGCAUUUUUCUCUGUCUGGAAGGAAAAUAAGGUCAGGAAGUGAGGGAAAAAGCUUAAAAGUUCAGAAAAAAAACUUGUAUGUGUUGAUUUUUAAGGUCAUAAGGUCAGAAAAGAUUAAAAAGUAUUUUUCUCACUGCCUAGAAGCAAGACAAGGUCAGGAAGUAAGGAAAAAGAGCUUAAAUAUUUGUCAAUAUUUAAAGUCAUAAAGGUGUGUGUAUAUGUUUAUGUGUGCGUAUGUGUGUGUAUGUAUCAUUGAAAGGUCAGGAAAGGUUAGGUUAGGUUAAAAAAGGUACCUGUGUGUUGAAAAGGCAGAGGAAAAGGUACAGAAAGAUUUAGAAACAGGAAAAAGAAGGGAAAGAUUCAGAAACGUACCUGUGUGUUGAAAAGGGAUAGGAAAAUUUAUAGUAAGAUUUAGAAAAGAGGAAAAAGGAGGGAGAAAGGUGAAGUAGAUUUGUAGCUGAGAAUUGUGAUGAGGUAUGAAGGAAAGGAUUGAAGCUUGUCAAGGGGAAAAUAGAAUAAAAAAAGUAAUAUUCACUAGUUUAGAAGUUUGUAAAGGGAAUAUAUUGAACUAAAGGAGGUCAAGAGAGACUUAGAUUUGAUUGAAGGUGAUAGGAAAGCUUUUGACGUUUGAAAAAUACUGCAAAUAUAAGAAAAAAGCUAAAUAUUCACUAGUUUUGAGUUUAGAAGUUUGUGAAGGGAAAAUAUUGAAUUAAAAGAGGUCGAGAGAGACUUAGAUUUGUUUAAGAUUACAGGAAAGAUUUUGAGGUUUUGAGAAGUACUUUAGAUACAAAAAAAAGACCAAAUAUUUCUAGUUUUGAGUUUAGAAGUUCAUAAAGUGAAUAUAUUGAAGUGAAAGAAAUUGGGAGAAGCUUAAAUUUGAUAGAAGCUUAUAUGAAAGUUGGAGAUUUUGAAAAGUACAACAGAUAUUAGAAAAAGGCUUUACAUUCACUAGUUUUGAGUUUAGAAGCUUGUAAAGUGAAUAUAUUGAACUGAAAGAGGUUUGGAGAAGCUUGAAUUUGAUUGAAGCGUAAAGAAAAGAUUUUGAGGUUUUGAAAAGUACCACAAAUAUUAGAAAGACGCUUAAUAUUCACUAGUUUGAGAUUAGAAGUUUGUGAAGGUAAAAAUUGAAUUGAAAAAGGGUGAAGGAAGUUUAGAUUUUGUUAAAGGGUAUAUGAAAAUUGAAGGUUUUUGAGAGAAUAGGAAGGAAAAGGGAAAGAAAGAGAUAUUUACUAAUUUGAAUUGAAAGAGACUGAGAAAAACUAAGAUUUGGCUGAAAGAACCUUUGAAUACAUGGAAGCUUAUUUGAGAGCUAAGCAUUUUUGGAGAUAAAAAGAAAAUAUAUAUAUAGAGACAGAGAAAGAAUGAGAGAAAACAUAAAUAGAGAGAUAUAGAGAAUACAAGAGAUAUGCAAAGAGAGACAGAAAGAGAAUCAGAGAUAAAAGCAUAGAUGUAGAGAAACGAAAGGAGAGAAUAAACACAAAUAUAGAGAAAAACAUUGAAAAAACACAAAUAGAGAGAGAAACAAUAAAAAAAAACAGAGAAUAAGAGAAAAAUGCACAGAUAGAGAGACAGAGAGAAAGAGAAUAGAAGUAGCCAUAAUUAAAGAGAGAAAGAGAGAGAAUAAAAGAAAAACAGAGAGAGAAAGAGAGAAUAAAGAGAAAAACAGAGAAAGAGAGAAAAUAAGAGAAAAAUGCACAGAUAGAGAGAGAGAAAGCAGGUAUAAUUAGAAAGAGAAUAAAAAGAAAAAUAGAGAAACAGAGAGAAUAAGAGAAAAUGCAUUGAUAGAGAUAGAGACAGAGAACGCAGAGAGACAGAGAGAGAAGCAAAGACUAAACACAAGCUUACCGUAAACACAGCAAACAAUACACUUGGCAACAUUCACCUGUACUCGUAAAAAAUCUCUGGUUGGGUAAAUUACGGUGGUUUUCUAGACGUAUAGUGCCUGAACCUCACCCUUACUGUAACCCGACACCCUUAGCUCACCCUUAGCUCACCCUUAGACACACUAGUACCUGUAUACCUUGUGAUCUGAGCCUACUAGUCAAAAUAUAAGUAGACUUUAAACUACUACUACUACUACUACUACUACUACUACUACUACUACUUAGAAACCCAAGGAAGCGAUACCAAAUACACGACAGUACUAUUUUAGCUGGUGUGCCAAUAGAAACCAGCUGACGAACCCCCAAAACUGCGUAAAAUAUUGAAAGACACCUUUAAAUAUUGAGAAAUACCCUUAAAACAUUGCCACACACACUAGAACACCCUUAAUACAUUACCAAACACACUAGAACACUCUAAAAACAUUGCCAAACAUUCUGAAAUAUCUUUAAACAUUGAAAAAUACCCUUAAAACAUUACCACACUCUUAAAUAUCCCAAAACAUUGAAAAAACCCUUAAAAAUCACAAAAAACACCCUUAAAACAUUGCUAAACACCCUGAAACUUUACCAAACACCCUAAAACUUCCUUAAACAUAGAAAAGCAUCCUUAAAACAUUACCACAUACACUUAAACACCCCAAAACAUUCCAAAAACACCCUUAAAUACUUCUAAACACCCUGAAACACUACCAAACAACCAAAAAACAUUGUCAAACACUCCAAAAUAUAUCCAAACGCCCUCAAAUAUUGCCAAACAUCGUAAAAACAUCCUUAAAACACACAAAAACACCAAGAUAUUCCCAAACACCCAAAAACACCCUAAAAACACACCAAACCACAGCAAAACACUCACAAAUUAUCCCCAAAUAUCCUUAAAACAGUCCAAAAUAUUCCCAAACACCCAAAAACACCCUAAAAACAAUCUAAAAACAUACUCAAACACCCCAAAACACCCCAAAACACACCAAAACGAUUCCAAAAUAUUCCCAAAUACCCCAAAACACCCUAAAACACUUAAAACACACCCAAACAUCCCAAAACACCCAAAACACACCAAAACUAUCCUCAAAUACCCAAAAUACCUAAAAUUACCACAAAACACUUUUAAAACACACCAAAACACACCAAAACUACCCCUAAACACCCCAAAAAUCCUCAAAACACCUUAAACCACCCUUUAAACCACCACCACAACCACCACCAUGCUGUGCCACACCGCCACAGCACUCCUGGAGACGUUGUGGGCGUUUCCUGCUGUGGUCCCUCUGACAGUCAUCCUCUGCCUUGCUGCUCUGUACCUCCACAAGACCUACAGUUUCUGGGAGAGCCGUGGCGUACCUGGACCCAAGCCGUUGUGGAUACUCGGAAACAUGUAUCCGAGAGUAAGGGCAUCUAUGUCCAUGUCAGAGUUUGACCAGGAGAUGUACGAGAGGCAUGGAGGAAGGAGAAUGUGUGGGUACUAUGAGUUUACCAAGCCCUGUCUCAUGGUGGGUGACCUCCAGCUACUCAAACACGUUAUGGUGAAGGAUUUUGACCAUUUCACCGAUCGUAGCUUUGUGACCUUCAAUGAGCCAGUGAUGGACCAUAUGUUGCUGGGACUGAAGGGAGCCACGUGGAAGGCAGUGCGGUCCGUGAUGACACCAACUUUUAGCUCGGGAAAGGUGAAACAAACCCUGCAACUGGUGAAGGACUGUGCCAAGAACCUGGUGACCUAUUUCAACAAGGAGCUGGAGAAAGGGACGUCGGUGUUUGAGAUGAAGGAUGUGUAUGGAAUGUUUACCAUGGACACGAUCGCUAGCAUAGCCUUUGGGGUGAGCAGCGACACUCUUAACAAUACUGAGAAUGAGUUUUCUGCUGCUGCUGCACGUUUCUUCACCCCGGCGGCGAAGUGGAAGCGUCCUUUUAUUUUCCUCCAGUUCCUCAAGCCUCAUAUUGCCAAGCGUCUCCAUCUGAAUUUCAUCGACCGAACUCCUAUCUACUUUUUCUCUAAGGUGGUGAGGGACACAAUGCAAUACCGUCAGGAGAAUAACCUUCGACGCAGCGACUUCCUGCAGCUGCUCCUGGACGCACAGCUGCAGGAACUCACCAAUAACAACAAGAGCUGCCCCUCCAAUAGUCACAAUGCUGGCAAGGUCACCAAUCAAGUGUUAACAGAUUUGGUGAUUACGUCCCAGUGCGUUCUGUUCUAUAUCGCUGGCUAUGACACCACCGCCACCACCCUCAGCUUCCUCUCCUACUGCCUGGCGCUACACCCGGACAUACAGCAGCGGUGUAUGGCGGAGAUUGACCAGGUGUUGGAGCGCCACAAUGGGGAAAUAACAUAUGAGGCCAUCUCGGAAAUGAAUUACCUGGAUAUGGUGUUUGCAGAAACACUGCGACUGUACCCACCAGCGCCUCGGGUAGACCGCACAGUGACCAAGGACUACACACUGCCAGGCACCGACGUCACCCUGCCAGCUGGACUCAAGGUUAUCAUAUCCAUCUAUAGCAUCCACCGUGACCCUGAACACUACCCGAACCCAAGCAAGUUUGACCCCGAGCGUUUCUCCCCGGAAAACAAGGCAACGCGCUCCCCGAUGGCGUACCUGCCCUUCGGAAACGGCCCCAGGAACUGUAUAGGGAUGAGAUUCGCGCUAAUGGAGGCCAAGAUCGCUGCUGUGUGCCUUCUGCAGGAGUUCGCCUUUAUCCCCAGCAAGAAGACCCAGGUUCCUAUCGCCCUAGAGCGCCGUAGUGGUCUCCUGAAGGCACAGGAUGGCGUGUGGGUCAGACUGGCCAAGCGCUGUUAAGGCUGAGAUGAUGUUGCCUGCCUUGUAAUGGGCUGAAAUAAUGUUCCCUGUGGCUUGUACUGGUCCGAGAUGUCCCUCCUGCUGGUCAUGAUGUUCCAGGGUGUGUGUGAGUCAAGUCUGGUCUACGAGAGGUAUUUAAGGCAAGGGAGAGGUAGUGUGUUGGUUGCUGGUGUUGGCGUUGGUACAGUAACCCUGACUAGUACCUCCUGCUACUGGUGUUUGCAUGGUCUUAGUGGCAACAACACCAGUAACACUUUAUUUUCUAGUGUUUUUUGGUGGCGCAUUAACCCUUUCACCAUGACACAGAACAGUCAGCGAAGUGUCUAUAAACAUCGAGAGAGUUAGCGAUAAAAAGGCUUAUAUUUUGCAGUUUUCCCGAGUUUAAAGACUGGAUGUGUUUGAUAAGUCGCCCUUGCUUUCUUCACCUAUUUUCUUUUGUGUCUUUUCAACUGACCUUUUACCAUAGUCAGUGUAUUUUAAAUUGGCUCCUGGGUGUGGGUUUGAGUGUCCCAGGGAAUGUCAGAUCUGAAAACCAACCAAAACUGCUUCACCUUGGCAGUGUGCCAAGUGACGGUGAAAGGGUUAAUGCCAAAUCUGUACGCAUUAUGCAGGUCUAGAUUAGCAGUGCCACUUUAACCCCUUCAGUACUGGGACACAUUUUUACCUUGAGAUUUGUGUAUGGUUAGGCCAUUUUAUUGACAUUAGGAAGCAUCUAUGGAGGUCAUGAGAUUAAUGGCCACAGUCUGCACUAUUU